AGUUUUCUUUAGAAGUUUUGUGUAAUAAGAAAAAAAUACCCGAAGAAUGGCUGCUUCUUCUAUGGUGUUGGUUUUGCUUAUUUGUUUAAAUAAUUAUGUUUCAUCAUCUAAAAUUGAAUUUAAAAUAUAUAAAUCCAUUAAAAGUUAUUCUCCUUGUAUUCUGCUGACGAAUGCAACUCAUCAAGUUGGUUGUACAUCAAAUAUGGGUGGUAAUCGUGGUAUCUUGCAUGUUGUUGAAAGUGAUGAUGAUGUGGAUUGGCUGAUUGAUAAAGGAACCAAUCAACCUUAUAUUCCUUUACUUAAUUCCUCUUUUUUUAAUGAAAAUGUUAUGAAUAAACUCAUGAAUUCUAAAAAGAUAUCUGGAGUUCUUGUGGUUCACAAGUCAACAACAGUUUUGCCAACAUCCUUUUCACCUGACUCUAAAUGUCCUUUGGAUCAGUUUGGUGCUUACUCAAAUGACAAAGAGAAUGGAAAUUGUCAAAAGAUUAAGUGGAAUCCGACUGGGAAUGAUAUGUCAAAAAAGUAUUAUGGAAUACCAAUAUUUGCACUAGCCGAUGGAGAAGAAAUUAAUGAGCUCGUCAAAUGUUACCAAAAGCACAACAAGCUAAAGGAAGCAGAAGCAACUCCUAGUUUUCCACUUUGUGCAAUUGAAAUGAAAGACUUUAUGUUUGCUUCCAAAGACACACCAACAUGUCGUCGAAAAACUGAAAUGCCAAACCCUAUUCAGAGUACAUACUGUGACCCUCUUGGAGAUAACAACAUCUAUGGGAGUCUUUUUCCAAUGGUUGAUAAAAUUGAAAAUGAUGAAGUUAUUAUGGCUGCAACUAGGCUUGACAGCACAGCAUUUUUCCAUGAUUUUGCACCUGCUGCUGAUAAUGGUGUGACAGGUAUUGUGACACUUCUUGCUGCAGCUCAUGCCUUAGGAGAUUAUAAAAGAUACAUUAUUAGUGAAAACAUCACUGAAAAGUUAAAACCAAUUGUAUUUACUUUUUUUAAUGGAGAAGUGUGGGACUACAUUGGUUCAUCAAAGAUGGUAUAUGAUAUGGAGAGAGAUAGUUUCCCUUACAGCUUAAAAAAAAGUAAUACAAUAAAAAAUAGUUCAAAGCCUGAUGAUGGAGCUUGGACGAGCAAGUUUAACCUAAAAAAUAUAGCUUAUUUUAUGGAGAUAACUCAGGUUGGUUUGAGUGAUAAGAUUUAUGCUCAUACUGAUCCAGUAUCACUAAAAGAUAACGUAACUAUGAAUAAGGUUGAAGAAAUGUUAAAGUAUACAAAGGAAUCUUUUGAAAAUGCUUUUAUGCCUUUUGAUGUAGUUAACCAGUCAUUAAAACAGCCUUUACCUCCUGCAUCAUUUCAACGAUUUCUUCGUUCUUACAAAAAAAUUCCUGGUGUGGUUUUGGCUGAUCAUGACAAAGAAUUUAUAAAUAAGUUUUAUAAUAGUCGAUUUGACAAUCUUGAUAAUGUUGGCCUGUAUGUUAAAUCCAUCAACAACGUAUCGUACCUAAAAAUACAUGGACCGCUAGUAAAAAGAUUAACCAAUCUUUCUGAAGCUGUUGCUAAUUCACUAUAUUUACUAGCAUCUGGUGGAAUACCCCCAAAGCAGCGAAUAGUUGUUCCUGCCAACUUGACUGCAAAUCUACUUUAUUGUCUUAUGAUAUCAGCGAAUUGUCCUAGCUAUAAAGAGGUACUUGGUAAGAAAUCUAAUCCGUUGCCGAAUGUACCCAUGUCACGAUAUGUAAGUGUCUUACAAAUUGACAAUCCUAUUACCCAAGUAAUCCAUCGUUUACUGAGUUACUACACUGGAGAGUGGUUGGAGGAAACACAAUGCGAAAAUAAAGCCAAAACCUCUCUUCCCUAUGCUUUCUCGUACUUUGCUGUUACCGGUCGAGGGUCAAUGGUGUGUGUUCGCUCGACAACAUAUAUGACACCGGCGGUUUCGCCAGCAUUCGAACUGCAAGAUUAUCAUUCAUCAGAAUAUUCAACAUGGGCUGAAAGCAUGUGGAAUUCCGAUAUUGGCAUGCAAAUGUAUUUAGUUGCUAGUCCCGCGUCAGAGACGGGUGUAUUGUUCACGGGAAUCGUUAUAUUUGCUAUCUCGUUUGCUCUGGUUUAUUUAAUCAAUAGGAACGUUGAGGUAUUGUUUACGCCGACUCCUAGCAUGUAAUUUCGAGUGUUAAACUUAAAAAUAAAAAGAUUUGAUUAUACAAUUUUA